AUGGUGGCCAAGCAGAGGAUCCGGAUGGCUAAUGAGAAGCACAGCAAGAACAUCACGCAGAGAGGCAACGUGGCCAAGACCCUGAGGCCGCAAGAAGAAAAAUACCCUGUAGGACCUUGGCUUCUGGCACUGUUUGUGUUUGUUGUUUGUGGAUCAGGUAUGAAUACAAAGCAAGGAAUAUUGCCAUACCAUCAAUAG